AUGGAGUAUCCAUCCAAUGUUAUUUUGCUACUGCUGCAAAUUGUGUUACAAAGACAACAGCUUUUAGCACAUCAGGACAAAUCACUGUCACUUGAGUCCCUCUUAAUGGAGCCAAUCAUUGAUCGAGCCCUUUUGGUAGAGUUUCAAAACCAUACCCUGGUGAAAAUGUACGCCCCUGAAUUACAAACACUACAAUUGAGAAGUCUCAAGAGUCUAGUGAAUGAAGUUUUCGAAUUGGGCACGCCAGAUGUCAAGUCCACCGACGAGACCCCAGUAACUGUGGUGACACUCGCAAAUUACUACUACACGAAAAGAAUAGAGGAACUGCAGAAUUAUCAGCUGCCCAUGUUAAGACAGAACAUAAUGGAGCAUCUACAAAGCUACAAUUAA